UUCAGCUAGAGUAGACGUUUUCUUAGGAAGCUUACCAAAUUUUUCUUCGAAAACUUACUUAUCGAUAAUUUAACUAUCUUAGCCAUAAAAGUGGACAAAGAUAAUCGCGCGCGAUCAAAUAAUGUAUCCGACGGUGGAUCCAACAUAGUUAUCCGUCGGGCCUAUGAUAAAUCUAAUUCGUCGCAGCCAUCCCUAACCUCAACGAUGAACGACGCAGACCGUGACCAAGCAAAACGACGAAAGUACUCGAAUGGUAACCUGCCACCUUCCGCUAGCAGCUCUAGCCAGCUGACACAACCGAUGGUCGAGACGCACAAUGUGUAUGAAUCCCUAGCCUGCAUGGACGAGGACAGCGCCGGACCGAACAACGCACACACGCAGCAGAAAACAGUGUCUAACAGAGCAAAGGGAAACAGACUACCUCCGAUUUCUAUUAUCAACAAAGGUACCAAACACAUUCGGGAAUUAUUCAACUUGGCGAAUAUUCCACAAAGCAGCUACCACAUGAAAGCGCCUGGUAUAACUGCGCCCAAAGCCACAGGAAUAAAAUACAGGUAAAGCAAAACCGACUGCUUAAGAUGAUACUGGAUCUUGAACCAUCCCAUCCAACGGUGGACGUCCACAGGAUUGCUGGAGUCGAGCAACUGAACGAUUGGUUUACGAGACUGCUGCCUAAAUUCAACCUAAGCUGCUCAUCGUCAACGAACCCGCUACUGCAAGAACUGGCAGUUUAGCUCGCUGUGAUAUUAGUUUAUAAGUAGAA